GGCUCGAAAACAUGGACAGCAUUUCUGCAGCAAACAUCAAUUUUGUCCUCAACAUCUUCAAGAAGGUUACUGGAAAUGAUUCUUCCCAAAACUUGUUUUUUUCUCCUUUGAGUUUGUCUUCUGCACUGCUAAUGGUCUCGUUGGGUGCCAGAAAUAACACAGAAGCUCAGAUAUUAAAGGCGCUAUCUCUACCCAAAGAUGGAGAGGUUCACCAAAGAUUUGAGAAACUUAUUUCUGAUAUCAACAAACCAGGUGCCAAUUAUAGCCUCUGUCUAGUCAACCAGCUCUUUGGAGAAACAUCAUAUGAUUUUCUUCCAUCAUUUAUAGAAUCCAUUCAGAGAUUCUACCAUGCAGGUGUGGAGAAACUUAACUUCACACAAGCUUCAGAAGAUUCGAGAAGAUAUAUAAAUGCCUGGGUAGAAGAAAAAACAUCAGGAAAAAUUCAGGAUCUGCUUGUCCCUGGAAUAAUUGAUUCGCUUACAAGACUGGUUUUGGUGAAUGCGAUCUAUUUCAAGGGAAACUGGGCAAAUAAGUUCAACAAAAAUUACACAGAGGAAAAGCCAUUCUGGAUUAACAAGAAUGAAACGAAAAUAGUGCAGAUGAUGUUCAGGAAAGGAGAAUAUAACAUGGCUCACAUAUCGGCCGAUCGGAUUUCCGUUCUUGAGCUUCCAUAUUAUGAUGAUGACUUAAGCAUGAUCAUUCUGCUCCCUGAUGAGAUUGAAGAUAACUCUACUGGAUUGGAAAAGCUGGAGAGAGAAAUUACAUAUGAGAAACUCAUGGACUGGAUCAAUCCAGAGAGGAUGGACCUAAGAGAAAUUGAACUCUCUCUUCCCAAAUUUAAAUUGGAAGAAAAAUAUGACCUGAAGCCUGUUCUGAGAAGCAUGGGAAUGACGGAUGCAUUUGAUGAGGACAAGGCAGACUUCUCUGGAAUGUCAACUAACAAUGAUUUAGUCAUAUCUGAAGUUGUUCAUAAAUCAUUCAUAGAAGUCAACGAAGAAGGCACUGAGGCAGCUGCUGCCACUGCUGUAAUAGGGAUAUUUAAGGGUACAAAUGUUGUAGACGAAUUCAAAGUUGACCAUCCCUUCGACUUUUUGGUUAUCAAUCGAUCUGGAAAGAACAUCCUGUUCAUCGGUAGGUAUAGUUCUCCAUAAUGGGUGCAUCCAGCAUAUGUUGGCACAAUGGCUCUGAUCCUUAUUUCCUCAUCAGAUUUGUUUAAACAUUGUGCUACUAAACUUUCACUACCACACUUACGAUCUUCUGUGUAAUUGGGGUAGAGAUAGUUCCUUUGUAAUACUCCAUAAUACUGGAUUUUAAUCAGGGGUGAAAUGUAAAAUUUGUUACUACCGGUUCUGUGGGCGUGGCUUGGUGGGGAGGGUAAUGUGACUGGGUGGGCAUGGCCAACUUUUUUUGAAAAAAACUUUUCAAAGCAUUUUUUCUAAUCCUUUGAAAAGCCUCUCUGCCGAUCAGGCAACUCAGCUGGGAUCAUCAGAGACUUUUCAAAGCAUUUUUUUUACCACCUUUGCGGCCAAGAGGUUGCAGAAAAAAAAAAGCUUUGAAAAGCCUCUGAUGAUCCCAGCUGAGCCGCACGAUCCUCAGAGGCUUUUUUAAAUUUUAUUUUUUAAAAAUGCUUUUAAAAGUUAAAAAAAAAGCCUCUGAGGAUUAUGCAGCUCAGCUGGGCAUGGUGAGGGGGGGGGCAUGCAGGGAUUUUUGCUACCGGUUCUCCGAACCACCCGCCGCCAUCACUACCAGAUUGGGCGAUCCAGUCGGAACCGGGAGCAUUUCACCCCUGAUUUUAAUUCUUUCUUUCCAGAAUUAUUUUUAAUCAAAUCAAGAUAAUAAGUUUUGAGUACAAGUGUUAUGAUUGGUAGAUAAAUCCUGCAAAAUUGCUUUGUUUAUAGGGAAUAGUUGCUAAGCAUGAAUCAAGGUAUUACAACACAGAUGUAGUUAUGUAUUUGCCAGUGUACAUUUCCAUAUGAUGAUACAAUACAGUCAGCUCAGCUUCCAUUGUGACAUCAUGUUUUUUCAUUUGAGUGACAUCAUGGCUAGCUGUCGCUGUAGCUUGGCUUAUAAUAGCAAGUGUACAACUGUGCUAGAAUGAGCAACAUAUUUAUUUUUGUGAUCAUCAUUUAAUCAAGCAAUUUGAUUCUAUGUAACUCAAAUAUUUCCAAAUGAUAUUUACUUUAUAUAAUUCUUAUUUUGCUGCAGUCUUUCACGUAAUCAAAAUUGAAAUAAAAGAGCAUUUGAUUA